UCAAAUGAAAAAUUACAAAAAAAUAACAUUUCCCAAAACUGAAAGUAUUGUAUUUUAAGAUUUUCGAUAGUACAGUACCUCCUUGUCUUCCUGGCUUGGUGUAAUUGAGAGUGGGAUAAAAAUAAAUUCCAAAUUCUCUUCUACAACGCACUCAAUCUAUUUUGUCGUCUCCGUCUUCCUUCUGCCAACUCUGCAGACUAUGGCCUUUUCCACGCAAAAAGAUUUUUUCCCCGUAUCUUUUAUGAAUGAAAUGCCCGAAAAUGAAUGUAAGAAAGCUUGUGUCAAACUAAAAACCUAUGAAUCAUCGCUGGACUAUCGUUCCUGGGCAAGAGAUCAGACGAAACAAUCAAAAUAUCUAGAAGAUUUAGUGGCAUGUAAAUUACCGGUUAAGGAGCACACGGAAAAUGAAAGGCAACAGUCUAUAAUUGAAAAAGUCACUGCCAAGAGCAUCUUGUCUCGAAAUAAAGAAGAAGAAGAAGCCAGUAAAUCCAAAAGUUUGGCAGUUAAAGCUAAAAAUAUUGUUGAUAAACCUGGAAGCGGUGUGAAAUCUUCACAAAGUAAUGCUACAAGUCAAUCACACAUCAAAAAGCCUGAAAUCUCUAAUACCCACGAAGUACUGUCAGCUCACACCACUGAUCAUAGUCUUAAAUCAAAAUUAUCCAAGAACGAUAAUGCUUCGGGUAUAAGGGUCGAGAUGCCACAACAACAACAACAACUACCAAAUUUAUCAGCCGGUGACAGUUUGCUGCAAUGUGCCAACAUACACCUGGCCGAUUACCAAAGGCUUGUGAAUGCCAAAGAGUCCUUGGAAAAGCAAUUGCACAUUUCCAAUGAACGCCUGAAGACCAGUAAUAUUGAAAAUUCUAAAAUCAAAGAAGUACUCAAUUCCAAAGUAGAUUCCAAUGCGGCGAAAGAUUUCUUUAAUAAAAUACAACAGCUCACCGCAAAUGGAAAACUAAAUAAAAAUGAAGAAAACGAAAUGUUACAAAUCCACCAGAAAAUGGAAAAUCUUCACAAGGCCCACGAAAUAAUUCGAGCUGAAAAUAAUUAUCUUAGGCGUUUGAUAGAAAAGCUUUCACUGCGUGCCACCCUGCAGGAGAUAUCCGUGGAUAAUGAAACAUCCGAUGAUAUUAAAUAUUUGCAUAAGGAAAUCAACGCCUUGCGCAAGGAGUGUAAACUUUUGCGUGGCAUUGAAGAUGAUUAUCUAAGGAAUAAAAUGGAAAAACAAAAACCCAGUACAAUAAGCGAUGAGGACGCCAAAAAUAUCAAGAUAAUAAUUGAGGAGCGUAAUGCUUUGCGAAACAAGUGUAAGGCGUUGCAGGGCUUAGAGAGGACAGUUGCGGAAUUGCAAAAUCGUACCAAGGAAAAAGAGAAAACCAAUAAUGCUCUACACACGAAUUUGGAAGCCCAGGGUAGUUACAUUCGCGAAAUGGAAGGCGAAAUGGAGAAGUGGCAUACUUACUAUAAAAAUGAGCUGCACCAAAUUGGCCUGCGAGAACAAUGUCUUAAGGAACAGUUGAAAGAUCUUCAAAAUGAAUUGAUCUUUUGUAAAUGUCAAUUACAAAAAGCAGAGGUCCAACAGAUGGAAAUCGACUGUCUGCACAAAGAGUUGGCUAAACGGAAUAUGGCUUUGCAUGAUUAUGAUUGUCAAUAUAAACAAUUAAUGGGUGUUAUCCAGGAAUUACAAACAUUGAAAUUGCAAGGUUUACAAGACAAUCAAACCCAAACAUGUCAAAAUCUCAUCGACGAUUUGGCCUUCUUUACCCAUGCAACACUGGAGGAAAUCACGAAGGAGUUAAAAAGACGAGGUUGUAGCAAAGAAGAAUAUGAAAACGCAAUACAAACGUUGGGCCGCGGUGGAGGUGACGCCGCCAACAAUGAAGAACUACUACGACUACAAAAUGAGCUGGAUCAAAUUAAGGCCCAGCGGGAUGGUAUGUGUAGUGAAGCCCUAAAACGUCUGCAAGAACUUGAGGCAGAAAAUGCAAUGCUCAAAUCGGACAAUUGCCAAUUGAGAGAAUCAACAAAGGAUGCGGAUGAGAAAUUAUCCAAAAUGUUGACAAGAGUUGAACAUCUCGAUGGCGAAUUGAAUGAAAACAAAGAUGAGUUGAGGAGAUCGGCUCAUGAGCUGAGUGAGGCCAGAAAACUGGUGGAAGAUAUCAGCAACAUACACUUGCAAAAUCAGCAAUUGGUCAAUGCCAUGGGUGCCAUCAAUUCCCGAGACGAUGAGAAGAUCAUUGACGACCUGAGGCGCCAACUGGAAGAUGAAUUGGCCAAACUGAAACAGUGUCAAAUGGAAAAUCAAAAAUUAAUCAAUCAGGUCAAGGAGAGAGACAAUGAAGUGAAGGCGCUAAAGGAAUUGAAUAAUAAAUUACAACAGGAAACAGAGGGGGGAGGAGUAUUUAAAAAAGGUUUAUGUUUUGAAAUGGAACGUAAAAAGAUCAUGGAAGAGUGUAAACAAGAGCUGGAAUUUUGCUGUUCACGUUUCAUCAAUACGAAAAGUAAAUUUUCCGCCAUUUGUUAUAAAAUGCUGCAUUCGGGCAUAAAAACAUUGGACUUUUGCGAAUUGGCCUAUGUACAUAAAAAGAUAUUGACCUAUGGUGAACAGAAAUGGCCGGGUCGUCUAUUGGAUAUGAUAUUAAGGGAUCGUCGGGAGGAAAUUUUGGAUAUACUUAAUAUCAGUUUACCACACCCAUGUGGAGGAGAUUUUGGAGGAAAUUUAUGUGAGGAUCCAUUGCUGAAAAAAUGCUGUUCAUGUAAACUACAAUUGUGCUGCAACAAAUCAGAGGAAAUGCUCGAAGAGAAGGUUUGGAAAUUGGAAGAAGAAAUUAAAACUGUUGGCAAAUAUCUGAACAAUUUAAAAACCAUUUCUUUGCCAAAGAAUUCAGCCAGAGAAUUGUUGGAAACGAGAAACAGCAAUGAAGCUACAUAUAGAGCCAAAUCUCCAAUACAAAGGACCAGCUCCCAACAAUUAAAGAAACUACGUACUAAAUAUUCGAAACAUGCCGAUAAACAUCGUUAAAAAGGAACUAUUUUCGUCACUUGGAGUUUUGGAAACGAAAUGUUAAAAACAAAUAAAUAACUUAAUACUUAAAUAGUCCCUCUAUUAUUAUAUACCUUGUAUUACAAUUUAUUGAUUUUGGGUGUCAAUCACGUUUACGUGCCAGAAUCCCAAAUUUGAAAAAAAUUGCAAUAAAAAUAAUGUGUAUAAUAACAUUGAGAGGGACUAUGUUUUAUGUUAAGUUUUGAAGAAAUUAUUGAUGUACACAAAAUCCUUAUAGUAUAUUUGUAAUUUAAUUAUCUGCAUAUAUUUAUAAAAACCUCAAUUUUAUAUAAAAAUAGUAAAAUGAUUUAAAGAAAUUAA